AUGAAAUUCUUAUCCCUCAUUGCAGCCUCUCUCUUGUUGGCAUCUUCCACUGGCUUUGCUCCAAGUCCUCUGUCAACCAUCCGACCGACGGCUUCUCUUAAUGCCAUUUCUGAAGACUUUUCCGACUCGGCCCUUACCAUUGCCGAGGCUGCUGCUUCUCUUCGCGGCAAGACUAUUGUCGUCAAAUACGGAGGUAACGCUAUGACUUCUCCCGAGCUCAAGGCUGGAUUCUGCCAAGAUGUUGCCGCCUUGCAAAACCUCGGCAUUCGCAUGGUCGUCGUGCACGGUGGAGGCCCUCAAAUCAACAGCAUGUUGGAAAAGGUCGGCGUCGAGUCUCGCUUUGAAGGUGGUAUGCGUGUGAGUACACCUGAAGUUGUUGAUGUCGCUGAAAUGGUCUUGUGUGGUUCCGUCAAUAAGGAAAUCUCGUCUACCAUUUGCAGUGCCGGUGGUCGUGCCUUGGGUUUGUCAGGUCGCGACGACUCCUUGUUGCAAUGCGUCAAGAAGAUUGACAAGCAAGGGUACGAUUUGGGAUAUGUCGGUGAAGUCGAGAUCGUUAACACGAAACUCCUCAACGAACUCUUGGACAUGGGCAUUUGCCCCGUCGUCUCGCCAAUUGGAACUGGCAUGGGCGAGGAAAAAGACAUUGCAUACAAUGUCAAUGCCGAUGUCGCUGCUGGAAGAAUAGCCGGUGAGCUCAAGGCAGCCCGUGCUUUGUUCUUGACCGACAUUGCCGGAGUCUUGGACAAGGACAUGAAAUUGUUGCCCAACCUGUCGUGUGACGACAUGGAUGGAUUGAUCGAGGACGAAACCAUUACAGGAGGAAUGAUCCCCAAGGUUUCCUAUGCCACCAGUGCUGUCAAGUUGGGAGUCGGCGGUGCCUUUAUCACCGAUGGACGAGUCCCCCAUGCAUUGUUGAAGGAAGUCUUGGGCGGAGGUGCAGCCGGAACUGGAUCGGGUGACGGUGGUACCUUUGUGAGCCUGUAA